UCCUCCCCGCCGGCCUGGUUGCUCCUCCCCCCAGGGGAUGGGGCCUCUCCUGACCAUCCCCCAUGUCUGGAAUAAAUGUCUUUCCCUGGAAGCUCAGCUCCGAGGCCUCCUCCUCCCUCAAUCCUUUCUCUCUCUCCUCUUCAGGUGGCCUGUGCCCAUGGUUUGUUCCCCCUCCCUCUCCAGAGUGGGAGCACCCUGUGGGGGGGUGGUGGUUAAUUCUUACACCCUCAGCACCAGACAGAGCCACUUGUGAGCACCUGUGGAAGGCUUGAGCUGAUGCUGGUGGGGAGGCCUGGGCUGCCUGUGUUUGCGCCCCGUUUGGCUGAGGGUGGCCGGUCAUAUCUGGCCUUUUGUGGGGGGCCUUUGACCCUCCCAGGUCGCUUCCCAGGUGCGCUUGAUGUGCACAGUGUCAGAGGGGAUUCCGCAUCUUACCGAAAGGCCGAGGAGGCCGGCCCUCCCCUUGGCCGCAGGCGCCUGUCUGUGGGGAAGGAGCUUUGUGAGGUUCAGCAACAUUGUCUCCCGUUCACUUGAGAUCGUGGGGAGUUUGGGGCCCACCUCUCCUGCCCCUUCUUUUCCCACUUGGGAGAGCGGGGCUUCAUGAGGAUUGGGGAACAUUUUGGGGACUAGCAGCCACUUCUCUGAAAUGUCUGUAUUUGUUAGGGUUGGAAGGAACCUCAAACACCACCCACUGCAACCCAAAGAAAAGUCCCUUGGGCCACGUCCUUUGUGCCACGCCCCUUGGGCCCCAUGCCUGACUGGCCCAACGCACUUUGGGGCAGUUAUUGCCAAGGCUCUGUGGCACGGCUGGGCAUCCCUUUUGCACAGUCUCUUCCUAUUGUGCCACCAUCACCCUGGCUGCUCUUUGCAGGACACUUGGUGCGCAUCAGUGCGGACCCUAAAGUGCUGGUGUCCACAGCUGUGGGAGCACUGGGGAGGGCGAGCCCGGGGCAGCCGGAGCGGUCACUGGGAGUGCUGAUGGUCCCAGCAGGUUUUGCACCUUUGGGGUUGCCAUCUCCCUGUCCCCCCUGGAUCGGAGGAUUCUGAGUCUUUGGGCCCCAGAGACAAGCUGGGACCCCGAAGGGUCGAUUUCACCUGGACUUUUUGUUUUUAGGCUGAAGGAGAAUGUCCUUGUUUAAAGCUCGAGACUGGUGGUCGACCGUCCUGGGAGAGAAGGAGGAGUUUGACCAGGGCUGCUUGUGUGUGGCCGACGUGGACAACAGCUGCACUGGAGAGGAUAAGAUCAUCGUGGGCAGCUACACGGGCUACCUCCGGAUCUUUUCCCCACACCCCGUGAAAGUGGGCGAUGGCGCACAGGCCGAAGACUUGCUCCUCGAGAUCCAUCUGCGAGAGCCCAUCCUCCAGGUGGAAGUAGGGAAAUUUGUCUCGGGGACGGAGCUGCUCCACCUGGCUGUGCUGCACUCCCGGAAGCUCUGUGUCUACUCCGUCUCAGGAACCCUGGGUAAUGUGGAACAUGGGAACCAGUACCAGGUCAAGCUCAUGUACGAACAUAACCUGCAGCGGAUCGCCUGCAACAUGACCUACGGCUCCUUUGGUGGCGUCAAAGGUCGAGAUUUGAUUUGUAUCCAGUCCAUGGAUGGGAUGCUCAUGUUGUUUGAGCAGGAAAGUUACGCUUUUGGGCGGUUUCUCCCCGGUUUUCUUCUGCCAGGUCCCCUCACGUACAGCUCCCGGACGGACUCCUUCAUCACCGUCUCUUCCUGCCGAAACGUGGAGAGCUACAAGUACCAAGUUCUUGCCUUUGCAACGGAUGCAGAUCAAAAAGAAGAUUCGGAACAGCAAAAAGUUGGCUCUGGAAAAAGACUGGUGGUGGAUUGGACUUUGAACAUCGGCGAGCAAGCCCUGGAUGUCUGCGUGGUCUCGUUUGGUCAGUCAUCUUCCUCCGUCUUUGUGCUCGGGGAGAGAAACUUCUUCUGCCUGAAGGACAAUGGGCAGAUUCGGUUCAUGAAGAAGCUGGACUGCAACCCCAGCUGUUUCCUCCCCUACUGUUCAGCUUCCGACGGAGCAAUCAACACCCUGAUCGGGAACCACAAUAACAUGCUGCACGUUUACCAGGACGUGACCCUGAAGUGGGCCACGCAGCUUCCUCACGUGCCCGUGGCGGUGAAGGUGGGCUCCUUGCAAGGCCUGAAGGGCGUGAUUGUCACUCUGAGUGAUAACGGCCAUCUGCAGUGCUCCUACUUGGGUACAGACCCGUCUCUGUUCCAAGCCCCCAAAGUGGACUCUAGAGAAAUAAACUAUGAAGAGCUCGAUGUUGAAAUGAAAGAGCUACAGAAAACCAUCAGAGAUGUCAACAAAUCCCCAGGUCCUCUGACGCUGUCUGAGAAAGAAGAUUUUCUGUCGGUUUUUGCCACCGUCUCCUCCACCCUGGAUAGUGUGUCUCAAGCCACCAGCAAUGAAGUGGGAGCCGAAGUCGUCCCCUCUGUCACAGUGAAGGUCAUGAUACAGAGCCGGGUACCUUUGCAGAAAACCAAGUUGUCUGUUUAUAUCGAGCCACCAUUAGCAUCCACCUGUGAUCAUUUCAUCUUUGAUUCCUUAGAGCCAGAUAUUCUGAAAACCUUCAGCUUGUCUGUGUUUCUGAAAGGAAAUUACCUGCCCUCCGAGCUGGAAGGCACUGCCGUGGCCUCCUACAGCAUGUCCACAGACCUCAAUCCGGAUGGUAUCCCUCGAGUUGUCCAGUGUAAAUUCAGACUGCCCCUGAAAUUGAUUUGCUUGCCCAGUCCACCUUUCAAAAUAGCGAUUCACAAACUCACGAUUGAUACGAACAAGCCUCCUAUCAGCCUCUCCAGCCUCUUCCCAGGCUUUGCUGAGCAGCUGGAUGAUGAUCAGGGGAACGUGAUUGGCUUUCGCUUCAUAACCGGCUCCCGUGUCACCCUCCUGGCGUCAAAGACCUCUCAACGGUAUCGAAUACAGAGCGAACAGUUUGAAGACCUUUGGCUUAUUACCAAGGAGCUCACUCUUCGUCUUCAGGAGCACUUUGAAAAACAGGGAAUCAAAGAUUUCACUUGUUCUUUCUCCGGGUGUAUUCCUCUGCAAGAGUAUUUUGACCUAAUUGACCAGCAUUUUGAGCUCCGGUUGAAUGGAGAAAAAGUGGAAGAACUGCUCUCUGAAAGAGCCAUCCAGUUCCGAGCCAUAGAGCGCCGGCUGCUGACCAGGUUCAAAGAUAAGAACCCGGCCCCUCUCCAGCAUCUGGACACCCUGUUGGACGGCACGUACAAGCAGGUGAUCGCCCUGGCAGAUACUGCGGAGGAGAACCAUAGAAGCCUGCUGCAGUCCUUCGCCAGGCUGAAGAGCGCUACCCACUUGGUGAUCAUGCUGAUCGGCCUGUGGCAGAAGCUCAACGCUGACCAGGUCGCCAUUUUGGAGGCCGCGUUUUUGCCCUUACAGCAGGAUUCUCAAGAGCUGGGUUGGGAGGAAACGGUGGACGCUGCGGUGGCUCACCUGCUGAAGACAUGCCUGUCCAAGAGCUCCAAGGAGCAGGCCCUGAACCUCACGAGCCAACUGAACAUCCCCAAGGACACGAACCGCCUGAAGAAGCACAUCAGCCUUCUCUGUGACCGCCUCGCCAAGGGCGGCCGCCUCUGCCUGAGCACCGAGACUGCAGCCCAGCAGACCAACGUCAUGCCAGGUGGUUGUGCUCCCAUUCCAGAGCUAGACCCAGAGGAGAGAGCGAUCGAGCAGGACCCGAGCACCCUGUUCCCCAAUCCCAGUUACCCGGCUGCCCAGAGCCUCGAGCCAGAAUCUUCUCCCCCUGCCACAGUUCUGGAGUAAUCAGACUGGAGCCAUCCAGUUGGGCAGGAGCUGAGCCUCCUCACACUGACCAGAUGUUGUCCGUGUGCCACGUGCAGGAGCAGCUUUGGGGCAACCUCCUUGCCUCCGCAAAGGGGGCUUUGGACAGCGGCGGGAGGGAGGACACUGACCUUAGAGCAGGCUUUCUUGUCCUAUGUGGGUCCAUGGAACUCUCGGAGGAAGCAGUGCCCUUGCCUCCACUUGGGGGACUGGAGCCGGAGGGGAGCAUGUGGGACAAGUGCUUCACUGCCGAAGGCUCCGGCCCGAAGGCCCCCCAUUGUUGGUAGUGAGCUCAUCCAGAAAAGGAAUCACUGUUUACUAAAGCUACAAUGGCAUGGAUUUUAUUUAUCAUCCAAGGCUUGUGCUAGCUGACAUCUCUCCAACUUUCCCCUGUAAAAGGGAAAGAAUCCUGCGACCUCUCCGGUCCCUCCUAAGAUCUUAAAAGAAUUCUUUAAAAACACACAAACCCAACCUCGAAUCUCUCUCUGGUUUAAUGCAUUCACCUCUCCUUGAAAGAGGUAAGUUUUGUGCUGUUCUAAGAAACGAACUUGACAUGUUUUCAAGGUGUGGAAAGCCAGUCCGCUUUUUCCAGGGCCCCCAUUUAUAACAGGGACUCACACUUUAUAAUUAAAAUUUAAUGGAUUCAGGAACCAGGGAACUUUCCUGCCAACUCUUUGGGGUUGAAGUGACAUGUUCAAAGCCAAUUUACUCCUGAGUAGACAUGUUUACACUAGUCUCGAACCCCCAGAAACCCUAUACUUUGGGGAGGGGAGUAUAUAAAAAGGUCCAGUAAAAAGUUCAUUGUUGAUCUUUUUUUCUAAGGAAUUGAGAACCAGAACCGACUCUAUUAACUAUUUGUUAUUACCAUUGGGUUUCUUUGGAAGAAGCAAAAGUUAUUUAAAAAAAAAUAAACAUCUCCAAUUAAAAACACGGCCCGAAGUGGGACAGCUCCAGCCCUCGUCUGCUUUAAUCGCAUCCAGCCCAGGACGCACGUACCGAAAGGCCAUGGCCCGUUUUGCCUAAUGUCGCAAAAAUAGAGCCUGGCUUGGCGAAGCCACGGCGGGGAUGGGGCGUCAGAGACCUGUCCUGUUUCCUGUGGAGGGGCUUCUGUCUCUGUCUCUUUCUCAGGUGUAUAUCUCUAUGCAAACCUCGGCCCCCACUGCCCCCUGUGUCUCUUUCUUGUACCUUCCUCCCUUUGACUUUCUGGGGUGUCUGUCCUUCUGGAUGUGAUGCUUCUAUGUACACCUCUAUAUGUGUCCCUUUUCUCCUACUCUAACUCCCCCCCAUCCUGCUCACCUGCCUGCAUCACAGUAGCCCCCAUUCCCACCCAUUCCUCUUCCUCCCGAGUUAAUUUUCAUUAUAGCGUGUUCUCUCUCUCUCUCUCUCUCUCGCUCUCGCUCUCUUGCUCUCAUUUUCUCUUGCUCUCAUUCUCUCU